AUGCUCUCGCGGACGUUCGCUAGCAGGGGUCUGCUUGCACGCGGGCCGGUCAAGAGCUUCUCGCGGAGCUUGCUCACCAAAGCCCACGACCGAGGUCCUACAGAGCCGCCGCUCUUCGAAGGAACCGUCCCCGAACACUUCGCAUCGAUCGUCUCGCAGCAUGGCGACAGAACCGCGGUUAUAUCGCGGCAUCAACAGACACAGUUGACGUAUGAGGAGCUCGACCAAAAGUCUAAUGCUCUCGCUCGAGGACUGCAAGAUAUUGGUGUGAAGAAGGGCGAUCGCGUGUCAGUGUCGCUGGGCAACAACAUCGAGUUCGCGGUGGCUACAUAUGCGAUCUUCAAAUUGGGUGCGAUUUUGAAUCCUCUCAACCCUUCUUUCAACGCGACACAGGUUGUCAGCGCAUUGAACCACUUGGAGACUUCACACUUGAUCAUUGGAACGGAAACACACCUCAUUCGAAAGGACCCAAGGAGCAAUGUGGAGAUUUUAAAACACAUUGCACCAGGCAUUGCAAAGGGCAAGCUCGAAUCCGAGCUGGUUCGCUCACUAAAAGAAGUCGUGCUCGUGGAUAACUCCCGCGGAAGAGUAGACCUCGACCAACUCGGCGCAACAACACCCUUCGAAGCGAUCCAAUCCGCGUCCGCCCAAUCCAUCUCCUACGACAACCUCCACAAAGAUGACAUUGUCAAUAUCCAAUUCACCAGCGGCACGACCUCCAUGCCCAAAGCCGCCUGCCUCUCCCACCGCUCUAUCCUCAACAAUGGGCUUCAGAUCGGCGACCGCAUGCUCCUCACACCCAAAGACGUGGUCGUCUGCCCUCCACCUCUCUUCCACUGUUUCGGUUGUAUCCUCGGCUACAUGGCGACGGCAACCCACGGCUCAGCCAUCGUCUUCCCAACCGAAGCCUUCGAUCCUCUCGCGGCGCUGAAAGCCGUGCAAGACUACCAAGGCACGGCCCUCUACGGCGUAGCAACCAUGUUCCUCGCGGAACUCGAACUCCUCGCCAACGGUACAGUUCCCCACGAAGGCUUCCAACACCUCCGCACCGGGAUCGCUGCGGGCAGUAGUGUUCCCGCGGAACUGAUGCGGAAACUGCACAAGACGCUCAACCUCAAUGAACUCACCAUCUGCUACGGCAUGACGGAGACCAGUCCCGUGAGCGUCAUGACACGGACCGACGACCCGUUGCAGAAACGGAUCGAUACAGUGGGCAGACUACAGCCGCAUGUGGAAGCCAAAGUCGUGGAUCCAUUCGACCACGGCAAAACGCUGAAUGUCGGCGACCGAGGCGAGCUGGCAGUGAGUGGGUAUCUGGUGAUGAAGGAGUACUGGGGUGAUCCGGCCAAGACGGCAGAAGUCAUGAUUCCGGACGUGGAAGAUCCGGAGAAGAUUUGGAUGCUAACGGGCGAUGAGGCGAGUAUGGACGAGGAAGGAUAUGUGUCCAUUACUGGACGGAUCAAGGACAUCAUCAUCCGCGGCGGCGAAAACAUCCACCCGCUCGAAGUAGAAAACUGCCUCCUCGCGCACGAAAGCAUCAACAACGUCAGCGUCGUCGGACUGCCGGACGAGAAGUACGGCGAAGUCGUGGCGGCAUUUGUUAUAAAACAUGAAGGAAAGGAGAUUACAGCGAAGGAGGUGCGGGAUUGGGUAAGGGAGGGACUGAGUGGACACCUUGUUCCGAAGUAUGUCUUUUGGGUGGGCGAUUAUCCCAAGACGGCGUCAGGGAAGAUUCAAAAGUUCAAGUUGCAGGAGGAUGGGAAGCAAUUGUUGAAAGAGGGAUUGGGAUUGGAGUGA